AUGGAAGAUUCAUCAAAUAUGACUAGUAUAGGUGAAAUAGAAGAUGAAUGUGUUUAUAUGCCACCAGCAUUUCUCACCUUCAAAAUGGCUUUUGUUGGAAUUGUUGGAUUAUUUGUCGCAUUGAUAUCAAUAUUUCACAACUUGUUAUUGUUUUAUACAUUCAACACAUCGAAAAUGUUGAGGAAAAGGAAUUUGACAUAUUUGAUGUGGAUUUCGGGUUGUGAUGUUUUUAUUUCAAUUUGUUAUAUUGCUAUCAUGUGUGUUCAGGUGAGUUCCGAAAAUUUGAUAGUUUAAAAAAUGAGCGAGCAGCUGAUCAACAUUUUGUAUCUAAAAUCCUUCAUUGUACCUGCUUAUAAAAAUUGGUUAUGAUGUGGAAAAUCGGGGACAGAACUUCGAACAAAAAGGUUUUCUGAGAAACCUUGAUAAAAAGAAAGAAGUGUUUUUUGAUCAUCUAAAUUUUGAUAAUUAAAAUGUAUGUAGAGAGUCCUCACAAUGAACCCGGAAUAAUUAGUCAAAUAAGAAAAAUAUGUAUUUUUAGACCCUUUUUCGCACAUCAAAAAAAAGAGCCAAAUUACGAAAAAAAGGAAACAAAAUAAGUUUUUCAGGUCUACACGGACUAUUUCGAAUCAUUUCAACUCUAUGUUUUAUGGCAUGAUUAUCUUCGGGUCGCUUUUACUGUUUCACAUAUCACUUUGUCAGCUUCGAGUUUUCUUUUGAUGGCAGCAACAAUUGAACGAUAUCUUCAAUCUACGGCCGAUAAUCGGUUAGUUUUUUUUCUAUUUUUCUUCUUCCGAUCAACGGAAGUUUCACAUUAUCCUUUCUGAGAAAAAAAAUGUUUCUUGUUUCUUGAACUUUUUGAACACAUCAAGGGGUCCUUCUUUUUUGCAGAACAUUGAAACUUUUCCAUCUUUUGGCAACUCAUCGUGGAAGUGUUGUUAUUCUUUGUUUCGUCGCUUCCAUCAUUUUCCGGGGAACUGUGUUUUUCGAGAUUCGAGUUAUCACAAAUCCGAUUUGCACCGGAUUUUCGUCGCUUGGUUUAGCUGUGACGCCGAUGUUCGGCGAAUUGCCGGAUAUUGUUUGGCGAUUUGCGGUCAGAAAGAUUGUGACCGUUUUUCUACCAUUUGCAGGUGAGGAAUGAACUUAUGAAGCUCCUCAAAAAAAAUGCCAAAAUCUGAAAUAUUUCCAGUUCUGGCAUAUUUCAAUGCAGCAAUUGUUAUGAAUGUUCGUCGAACUGAUCGAGAUCAAACUGUAAAGGCAUUAGUCCUUUUCAUAACUGUUGGAACCAGGUAACCUUUUUCAUUUAUCAAUUCCAAAUCCCUUUUUAGUGUGUCAUUAAUUUUAUUCUACCUAACCCUUAGAAUAUGUAAUUCUCUAAUAACCCAAAACAAACUUUUCAGCCCUCUUGGCAAUUAUCAAAGGUAAACUGAAUGUUUCUUCAAUCCUAGCAUAUUUAUGUUUGAAUUGAAUUGUCCUCGAAGUUUUCUUUUCCCCAAAUUGUCCUUUCCGUUCCCUCUUCUUCCUUCUAUAUUUUCAGCAUGUCCCUGUUAUAUGUUUCCCUCUUCUCUUACAGAUUCGACACUAAAAAGAGCUUCCAGAAAAUGUUCAAGUAAAUUUUAUUCGAUUUCAGUGUGUCACAAAUUCACGAAAAAAGCACAUGCGAUUUUUAUUUUCCAAAAACGCCAAAAAUUCCCGCCACGUGUUUCUCCUUCACUAUACUUUUUUUUUGAUUUCAUGGAACAUCAAAAUGUUUUUCUCACUAUCACCCUCACAAUUCUCUCUCUAUCAAAAAUAUUUCAAAUUUUUUCAGAGGUGAAGUAACCCGCCUUCGCUCACGUCUUCGAGCUGUUACUAGAAUGCUAGUAAUGGUUGUCACUGGAUAUCUUUUUGCCAAUAUUUUAGAUGUGAUUAUUGCUUGUUGGGAAGCGAUUAGCAUGGAAAGUUUAUUGGCAUCUCCUGCUUUUUAUACAGUUAUGUCGGAUAUUUCAUCAUUUCUUCCGAUCGCGGCGACAGCUUUGAGAUUGCCGAUUUAUACAAUUAAUGAUAGACAAAUCAGAGUUGAGGUAACUUAGAACAAACAUAAAUUUUGGGACUUUUUUCGAAUAACAAUAUGAAUUUCUGGAUAUAGCCUACGCCUAAAAAGUUUGACUUAAAAAGACCCUGCGCACAUAUAAUACAGAAUAGAUUUCGCAGAGCCUGAUAUUCCUGAAAAAUUUGAUUCCAAAAAUGUUCCCUUGAAAGAAUUUGUUAUAGAUUUUCGAAUGUUUUCCUAGAAGUUCCAUUUUUCGAAUAUAAAUAUGAUCUGCAUGAACACACGCAGCUGAAUUCUCAAAGUUCAUUUUCGUAAGAAAGUUAUGCGAUGUCAUCUGAAAUAAAAAAGAACCUGAACUUUGAAUUUUCAUUCAUUCAUUCCUCAACAAAACCAUUUCACAGGUCCGUCGCAAAUUCUGCAAUCUGGUCAAUAAAUGCGGCUGCAAUUUAUGUGGCGAUUCAUCUUCUCAACAUAAAAAACUGUAUGAUGCACAGCAGAUGGAAACUGAACGACUCUGGCCUAAAAAUCCGCAAGACCCCAAACUCGAGGUAUUUUUUGUUGUUGAAUUGAAUCUAAAAAUUUUCAGCAAAAAAUGAAUUCAAAAAUCUUUUGGAAAAAAAGAAGUUUCCAAAUUAAAAAUAAAAUAAAAUGAAAUUCAGCAUGAAAUGACGCAGUUGUGGACAAAACCGGUUGAAUAACCAGAAGAGGUAUACUUGUGAUUGAUUUUGUGAUUUUUCCUUAUCUUUUAUUAUGAUUUUUUUUUGAUUUCACCCUCACUAACAGUAGAAAUUCUGAUUUGCAGUGUCUUUUAGAGGCUUACAAUAACAUAGAAGCCACUUCACAAUUUUAACUCAAUUUUUUUAAAAAAUGUUCUCUAUGUAAUCUCGAUUUUUUCAGAUUCGUCAAUAUGGAUUGCAAUCUUUGAUUAUGGCACGAGCUUCACUUUCGUCAAAAGAUGUUUACGAUAUUCACCGGUUCCGUGAGACUUAUGAACUCUAA